UGGCUGUCAUUGAUGAGAUUCAAAUGAUCAAAGAUCCUGCCAGAGGAUGGGCUUGGACGAGAGCUCUUCUUGGCUUGUGUGCUGAGGAGAUCCAUGUGUGUGGAGAAGCUGCAGCAGUUGACUUUGUCACUGAACUCAUGUACACCACUGGUGAAGAGGUCGAGGUACAUAAUUAUAAGAGGCUGACCCCCUUUUCAGUCUCGAACCAUGCAGUGGAAUCGUUAGAUAACCUGAAGCCCGGCGACUGUAUCGUGUGCUUCAACAAAAAUGACAUCUACUCAAUCAGCCGACAGAUAGAAGUCCGUGGCCUGGAGUGUGCCGUCAUUUAUGGCAGCCUGCCUCCUGGCACCAAGUUGGCUCAAGCAAAAAAGUUUAAUGAUCCAGAUGACCCUUGCAAAAUCCUCGUUGCCACAGAUGCAAUUGGAAUGGGGCUGAAUCUGAGUAUUAGGAGAAUCAUCUUUAACUCUCUGGUGAAACCCAGUGUGAAUGAGAAGGGGGAGAGGGAGCUGGACACUAUUUCGACCUCACAGGCGCUGCAGAUCGCUGGCCGAGCAGGACGCUUCAGCUCUGUGUUUAAAGAGGGGGAAGUCACUACUAUGCAAAGGGACGACUUAACUGUUUUAAAGGAGAUCUUGGGAAAGCCUGUUGACCCUAUUGAGACAGCAGGAUUACACCCCACAGCAGAGCAGAUAGAGAUGUUUGCCUACCAUCUUCCCCAAGCGACUCUCUCAAACCUCAUUGAUAUAUUUGUGAGUCUUGCGCAAGUGGAUGGACUUUACUUUGUCUGCAACAUUGAUGACUUUAAAUUCUUGGCGGAUAUGAUUCAGCACAUCCCUCUGAAUCUGCGUUCACGCUACGUGUUCUGCACGGCUCCUAUUAACAAGAAACAGGCCUUCGUUUGCACAUCCUUUCUCAAGUUUGCCAGACAGUUCAGCAGAGAUGAGCCUCUGACAUUCAACUGGGUGUGUCGACAUGUGAAUUGGCCCCUGGCCCCUCCCAAAAACAUCAAGGACCUUGUUCAUCUGGAGGCUGUCCAUGAUGUGCUAGAUCUUUACCUUUGGCUCAGCUAUCGCUUCAUGGAUAUGUUCCCAGAUGCUAAUCUGGUCCGUGAUAUUCAGAAGGAACUGGACGGAAUCAUCCAGGUGGGCGUGCGUAACAUCACACGGCUGAUCCGUGCCACCGAGGAUCAGUCCGCCUCUCCAGAAACAGCUACCUCUGUAAGACUUCCUGUUUUAGACACAUCGUCACUGAGGAGGGGGCGAGGGUCAAAGAAUCAAAGAAAAGAGCCCAGUGUGACGGACUCUUCACUGAGCUCAAGGUUGGUGCAGGACGGACUACUGACAAAAGAACUGUUACAGCAGCUUCAGAAAGAAUGGGUCCGAGAGCAGAAUGGAGGUGACUCCAAUUCAGCAAAUAAAGGGAAAAGAAAGAAAAAGUGAACCCUAAACUCUGCAACAUGGACUUCAAUAUAAUUUUAAAGGAUCAAGAGAACAAUGUGGCUCUACAGCUGAUGUUUUGAGCUUGUCUCUUCAUUUUUGGACCUCUAUCUUGCUGUAAAACAUCAGUUUUCUUAGAAAAUUAAAACUGAGUGUCAGAAAGAGUCCUGUAACACCCCUUUUUAGAUGUGACAAUAAAAGUAUAAUAAUGUUUUUAAUGGAUGCCCAAUGCUUAAGAAUUGAAAAAUGCAGUUUGUUCCACAAGAUAAAAACCAUAAUAAAAAAUAAAAAAACUGAAAAAGAGAUCAUUUCGGUCACCCUCAGGUUCCCAUGACCUAAAAGAAGAAUGCAAGGCUGCAGCACUUGACCUACAGUCCACUGAACCGGUUGUUGAAAAACAAUAAUUUGUAUUUACCCUCUUCUGUUUUUCAGCAUGAUUACAUAGUCUGAUGUUAUUUUAGGAAGUCUACUGAACCAAUGAAAUACUACAGC